UUCGCGGGUAGGGCAGGGAGCGAAGGAGGAGCGACGAUGUGCGCGCUCGAGAAUCCGGGGGCGGCGCUGUGCGAUCACGUCCAGCGCCAUGGCCUCCAGGGCCAUCUCUUCUCCGACAUCACGGUUUGCUUCCAGAGCAAGGAUUACAAGCUCCACCGGAUCAUCCUCUCGCAGAGCCUCUACUUCAAAUCGCUGCUGUCCGGGCCCUGGAAGGAAUCCGGUAAGCCGCGCGUGGAGCUCAAGAUUGACGAUCACAAUGUGACGGUGGAGGGAUUGGAGAUCGCGUUUGCGUACUUGUAUGGAGUGGCGCCGGCGUUUAGCAACGAGAAUGCGGUGGGCGUUCUUGCGGCUGGAUGCUUCCUGUGCAUCGAGAAUUUGUGCGAGCAGUGCGUCCAGUUCAUGGUGAGUGAUAUCAGAGUGGAGACCUUCCUGGCUUAUCAGCAGCUGUCGGAGCGGCAUUGCUAUGGACACCAUGCCGAAGGAAUUCGCGAUGCCUGCUGGAGCUACCUUUGUUUCCAUGCUGCUCGAGAGCUCUCCCACGUACUAUCCAAGCUUUCUCUUCCGCUGCUUUGCCGGCUACUAAAGUCUGACGAGCUCUGGGUGACGAACGAGUCGGAGAGAUACAAGCUUGCGAAGCAGGCUUUGGUAGACUGGAAGCUUUCGCGGAGAACUUCCAAUGUGGAGGGUGGAUCGUCAAAGAGGCAGCGGGUUGCAAAGUCGAACUCCGCAAGGAAGGCCGCCAAGACAGCCUCGGGCAAGAGCAAGGACAAAGGCAGCAAGCCAAGCUCCAAGGACAAAACCAAGAAGAAAGGCGAGGCCUCGAGCGAGCAGAAAGCCGCCUCGUCGCAGCAAAAGGAGGAUUUGAGCUCGACCCCGCUAAAAAUGUUGAGAAGGCUCUGGGACGAAGACGCGGCCGAGGAAGCAGCAGAGGUUUCAUCAAAGGACGGGUUUGAGAUGGUGAUGGACUUGUUCUGCGGUGGGGGCAUCACCUUUGCUUACAUGGACGCCAACGAGGGGCUCCAGGCGAGAAAAGAGCUCGAGGACGCCAACAUGCCGACGGACGUCGUCAACGACGCGAUAUGGCAGAACGUUUUGCUCAAGACCCGGGUGCUCGGAGGCACACCUUGCGAAGAGGAAGAAGAAGACUCCGACUCCUCCGAGUCGGGCGUGUCCGGCAGCUCCUCCGAGUCGAGCGAGUCGGACUGGAGCAGCCCGGACGAGGACGAGGCCGGCAACGCGAGCAGCGGCGGUGAGGACUCCGGCUUGGACAGGGCAGCAGCGAGCAGUGCCGCGACGCUGGUGCCUUUCUCAACCGUGGACGAGUGUUCGUUCGAUGGCAAGAGGAGGAAGAGCACGGGGGGAUUCAGCUGGUCCGCGAAGCUCCACAGCGGGAUGCAGAUGAGCGACUUCCCGCCGUUUCGAUUCGGGACGGAGUUUACGUUCACGGACAAGGCGUGGUACUGCUCAAACAUCGAGAAGGACGUGUUCUUCGGGGGCUCGAGGUGGAAGGUGACGAUGUCGUGCACCGGGGACGAGACCUGGUGGGUUGCGUUGCACUGCCGGCCAUGCACGUAUCCCUUCCAGCCGCAUAUGUACGUGGACCAGCGAAAGGUGGUGCGCUUCGCCGCCAAGCUUUUCAUGCGGACGUCGAGCGGGCUGCAGUGCGUGACGGGGACGGGGCAGAGGAAGUGCAAGUCCCACGUCGGGGUCACCUUGAGCGCCAAGGACAUUCCGAAAGACAAGCUCUUCCGGGUGGUGGCGGCGGUCCAGCUUAUGGAGGACGAGAGCAAGGCGAAGACGCAGGCCAAAGACGAGGAAGCUUGACAGGCUGCUGCGCUUCGAGAUCCUCCUCCUCGUCUGGAUCCCGGCCAGCUUCCAGCGGAGCAAAUAAUUUUGAGUGAGAGGUGAUGAAGAACACAACGCGGCUAGCUGCAGAGAUUUUUAUUUUGGCGAAGCAUUCAAACGGUAAAGCUUCACGAAAACGUAGGGAAAAAUUAUUUAGCCUCGACUUUCUUCAUGUUUUAACACCUAUAGCUGUUAGUUUGUAAUUGCAUAGAAACGUUCCACUCA